CUGAGCUAAUUCCUGCUUUGAAUUAGCUGCUUGCCGGGAUUCUCCAAACUCCGGAGUCAUAGUAUUAAGUUGGCUUGAAAAUGGAUAUGCGGCAGUGCAAGGGUAAAAAGCAAAAGUGCACCAACAAUCUCUCAACGUGCUAACGUAAGUGGCUCGCACGUACUGUAUUCCUUUGGAGGAAGAUGCGUUUUACUUUCACUUUUUUAAUGUCAUGGCUGACACCACAUGAAAACAGCUUGGAAUUAACAUACUAGUUCUUGCAGUCGGCCACAAGUUUGAGAAGGGUGGUCAUCAGAAAUAUAUUAAUUGCAAAAGGUUUCGAAUGUCUGGAAAUAACCGUUGGAACACGGCCGCUGCCUGCGGUGAAAGAAGAUCAACAAACGGCAGAGUCAAAGUGAACAAUCGCGACUCGUCUGCUCUCGCGGCCGUAAACACAACUUGAGCGGUGGGCAGGCUUAACGCAGCGGACACAACUUUUACGAAGGUGCAAAUAAUACAAUGGAAUAUGCUUCGGAGAUUUUUCAUCAAUUUUACACUGCUGGAUGCUUUAUUCUGGAUUUUAUUCAUACUGGCUUGAAUUUGUUUGCACUGGCAUCUGUCCUGACACUUCUCGGAAGAUAUUUUUGUGCACUCACAAUGAAAAAUAGUUCUACAGGUUCUCAUACAGUUUCAUUGACAGCUCAUCAGACUUCUAGGGAGCCAAGUACCAACAUCACAGAAAUCAUUAGCACUGAUUGGCUGACACCAAAGAAGGAAAAAAAAUCAGUGCUCUUGGGUGAAACUCAAAACACUGUAUUUAGUGGUGAAGGAGAAGGCCUCCAUUUAAAGACUGUUAAACAUAUUCCUCAGAAAUCUGAUGUAAACAAUUGCACAGAAUCUGGCAGUGAUCAUCAAUUAAUGAACAGCACUGAGGAAGAGCUGUAUCAGGAUGUAGGAAUUAAAGAAGCUGAGGAUGGACAUCAAUCAGAGACACAUUUUGAACAUGAUGAAUAUCUAUAUUUGGGAGAUGGAAGCCCAGAUUCAUGUGAAGCAGGUCUAGAGGGGUACACCUGCUUUGAAUUAAGAAAGAUUAUUUUAGAAAAUAUGGCCACAUGCAGGGAAUUUCCACUCUGGAUCAACGCAAAUGAAGCCUCACAGCUUCCAGAAAAACUAUUUAAUGAUGGAUAUCCUUGGAUUAAUCAAUGGAACUUUGACUACAGAUCUGGUGAAAAUCCCAUUAAGAAGCUGCAGUCAAGUUUAGAUUUCUUUCAGAAAAUGUGGAUGUUAAAUUGCUGCCUUGAGUCUCCGAGUGAAAGACUGAAUGCCUGUGAAUGCUUUUUUAGUACUACAACCAAUGAGGAAAAAAUAUCUGAGGCUGUCAAGUUUCUCAUGCUGUACAGAUCAAUUCAGCUUUAUAAUGAUAUGGAGAAUGGAAAAGAAGUCCCUUUUUUCUGCAGACAGCUUUUUUCAAGAACUUCUUCUCAGUAUCCCUAUAAUUUCAUGAUAAACCAUCUGAAUCAAUUGACACUAGACAGUAAACUUACAAAGGUAGAAGAGGAAUUACUUCAGUAUACUUUGCUCAGAUGACCCUUAGUAAGGCUGAAAAUACAUUUUUGGGCUGUAAUGAAGAGACUGUUUUUCUAAGGAAUGUCCAUGCCACUUCCUCACUUCAAUUAAUAAGCAUUGUUGAAAUUGCUAGAGAGGUUUUUUAAUAGUAUUAUUUCAGAAAAAGAUCAUAAAAGACUUGAGGAAGACUUGAACAGAAGUUAAACAUCAGAAAAGAACAUUUUUAAUUUUCUGAAGUAGUAGGAUACAUUUUGAAUGUACUAUAUUUUGACCUUUUAUAAGGAUAAAUAAACUAAGAAACAGUGUUGUCCUUUCUGCUUAUUAGUCAGUGAACCUAAAGUGUAAGUAUAGAGUUGAUGUGCCCUCAUAUGGUCUGUGGAAAAAAGAAUACCUCAUAAUCAUGUCUCACCUUUCUCCAGAGUAUCAAUUCUUGAUUCCCUUUUACUAUCAGUAAUGGUAGUGGUAUUAAUAUUAUUAUGUACAGAGUAAAUUGAAAGCCUUACUUGCAUCUCUUUCAUUGCAAAAUGUCACCACUCUCCAGUGCUAUGAUAAACACAUUUAGAAAUGCUGCCCAUAUUAUCACUAGGUAUAUACAUAACAAUAAAAUAAAAAACAAAAAUCAAAGAGCACCACAAAGAGCAACAUCACUCAAGAGAGGCAACUUUAAAGUAUACUGUAAUAGCAUUACUGGAGUAAUGGAGGACAGAGAACUUCACGCAUAAAAGGGCCUUAACCUGCAGGCCCUAAUCCUUACAGAUGGCCUCAGGACAAGAAAUGAAGCGUGUGAUAAUACAAUUAACUCACUGUAUAUACAUUUAUAGCAUCUUAUUUUCCAAAUGAUUAUAUUUUAGUUGUGUUUUUUUACUAUGCUAAUCAAUUCCUUUCAAAACUUAAAACACUGUAUAUUUCUGUGCUGAAUUAUCCACUUAUUAUUAAAAUUAUAUUAAAAUGUAAUGGAAACAGAAACCAAACCAGUAUAAGGCAGACACAUCUUAAAUAGCAUUACCAUACUGAAUUUAGAAAUAUCUUCAUGCAGACUGUGUAUAUUUAUAUCUGACUAUAAUAUAUGUUUCACAAGUGCUAUUAAUUCAGCCUCAAUCCGCAUGCAUUUUGAGGCAAACACUAAAAUGUACUAAGACAUGGCCUGUUACAGGUUUAAGACAACAGAGGGGAUAAAAUAUUUAAGUUUAACAUAAAUGAAUUUAUGUAUUAAAAGAAAAAUGUACA